AUGCGCCUGAGACCUACCUUAGGAUCAACCUUCAGCUGGAGAACGUCCCGAAAUAAAGCGGUCGUACUCUUGGACUCGCACUUCUUCGAUUCGACGUCAAGCAACAUCAGUGAAGGCGACCAGAGAAGUCCACAGACUGAAUAUACUGGUGUCCGUUGGUUUUGGGGAGAAAAUUUGAGCAAACUGGCGCACACCAGUUCUCGAUCCCAUUUUUCUGGUCAUCCGGUUUUUUGUGGCCUCGACAACGCCAGGUUCGAGCAAUCAAUAGGAGUCCAACAAAAAUCUUUCGCAAUCUUCAAUGGACGCUUUGCAUUUUCGACGGCACAUUGGCCACACACUGGACAUUUUUCAACCGUGCCACUCAAAAUGGCCGCGGGCGACAACAUCUUCAGUGCACCAUCAUCAUCAUGGCUGUCGUCCCAACGAGACUCGUCUAUUCAGCUCCUACUUGCUCGACAAGCAGCUAGGGACCAGUACAACCUUCCUGGAAGUCAUUUUCAGUCCUCUCUGGUCCUCAAGGACUUCCAGCCUCAUCACAAGGACGGUUUAUGCCUCUUGGAAGUUGCAUCGUGGUAUCACCGCAAAAAAAUCUCAUCCUUUUCGGACGAUCGCCCAGAAGUAUGGAUCACUCAAGACAUGACCUUUAAAUGUUGGGUCGCCAGCGGAUUUCGAGUUCCUCAGCCAGUGGACGAGUUCCGGAUUCGGGCUCUAGGACAUCCUCUUUUCAAAGAGAUUAUCUUCCUGCAUCUUGAGUUGUUGCAGUGUUGCUGA